AUGUCGGAAAAAAUCUGCGCCGACCACAAGCACGACGUCAGGCGCCGCCGUCGCCUCCUUGCGUGCCUCUUUGCCCUUGUCAUCGCCACUGUCCUCGUCGGCAUCCUCGUCUUCGCCAUCCUCCGCCCCUCGAAACCCGUCUUCACCCUCGAGGACGCCACCGUCUUCCGCCUCAACAUCUCUGCCGCCCCCAACGCCAUCUCGGCCGCAGUCCAGGUCACCGUGUCGGCCCGCAACCCAAAUGGCAAGGCCGGCAUCUACUACGAGUCCCUCCACAUGUACGCUAACUACCAGAGCCAACAGGUGACUUACGUCGCGGCAAUCCCACCGGCCUACCAGGGCCCGCAGGGGGUCGAUGUGUGGUCCCCGCUCGUGUACGGCGACUCUGUCCCCAUAGCUCCAUACAACGGGCUCGCCCUUGCCCGGGAUGUGGCGGGCGGGUCGGUCCAGCUAGACGUAAGGAUCAACGGGCGGAUCAGGUGGCGGAUUGGGCCGGUCAUCACGGGUCGUGUCCACUUGCAUGUGGCCUGUCCGGCGGUGAUACCCGUAGGGCGCGAGGUCGUGGUCGGGGGUACGGUCAAGUACCAACUAUCGCAGAGCUGUAGCGUCAGCGUCUGA